AUGGCUCCCGCUCUUACCGAUGCGCUUCCUACAGCGCCUCAUAAUCUGGCCGGUGCUGCUCCGCUAGAUGUCUAUCCCGAUGGCCUGAAGACGACGGGCCAGCACCCCCCACUGUAUGACCACAUUGUGCCCUUCGAUCGCUUCCCGCGCGAAGUCACCGGUCCGACUGUCUGGAAGGCCGAGGAUUACCGUGAGAACCCGGAGAAGUGGACGCAUACUUUCACUCCCGAGCAGGUAGAGGAGCUGAGCGGCGCGGCAAAUGCCUUCCUUGCAUCCAAGACCCCGCUCACUGGUAUCUCGAAGUCCAACUUUGUUCUUCCCAAGCUUGCAGACUACCUGGAGGCCCUCCGGAGGGACAUCAUCGAUGGCAAGGGCUUCAUUCUGUUCAAGGGCUUCCCUGUCGAGCAAUGGGGCAACCAUAAAUCUGCUGUCGCAUACAUGGGUUUGGGCACCUACCUGGGCUACUUCGUCAGCCAGAACAGCCGAGGCCAUGUCCUGGGCCAUGUGAAGGAUCUCGGCGAGGAUUCAACCCAGAUCGACAAAGUGCGCAUCUACCGCACCAACGCUCGCCAAUUCUUCCACGCCGACGACUCCGACAUCGUCGGCCUUCUCUGCAUCGCCAAGGCCCUAGAAGGCGGCGAAUCAGACAUCGUCUCCUCCCACCAUGUCUACAACACCCUAGCCGUCGAGCGUCCCGACGUCCUAAAGACCCUCACCGAGCCCAUUUGGUACUUCGACCGCAAGGGCGAGACCAGCAAAGGCCAAGACGAGUACAUCCGCACGAGCGUAGUCUACCUCGAGCGCGGCGCGCACGGCCGCGUCUACACCAAAUGGGACCCCUACUACGAGGCCCUCCGCGUGCUGGAGGAGACCUGUAACCGCCUCUCGCUGCACAUGAUCCUGGACGUCGGCGACAUCCAGUUCCUGGCUAACUCGCAUAUCUUGCAUGCGCGCACGGCGUAUACGGACCAUGCGCCGCCUACCCCUAGACGCCAUCUUAUGCGGCUGUGGUUGGCGACGCCGGAGAGUGAGGGCGGCUGGAAGUUGCCGUUUUGGGAUAGCAAUGAGAAGAAGCGUGGUGGUAUCCAGGUUGAUGAUCAGCCGCCUGUUGCGCCGCUGGAUGCGGAAUAG